CCAAGUCUGCAGGGAAACGUCGCUCUUUCUUUCUCCUUGGCCAUCACUUGCAUCUCGCUGUUGUGGAAACACAAGGUCAUCCUCGGAAAGCAGGUUUUGGAGCAGAGAUGGAGGAACGGCAGCGCAGGCGCGGGACGGAAGGAAGAAAGGAUAAAAAGAGGGAUGGAUGGAUGGAAGGAUGGAUGGAGGGAGAGUGGGAGAUGCUGAGGGAGAAAGACGGUGUAUUCAUAGCAGCAGCGGUAUUUAUAGCCGCCCAGAGGAGAGGAGAGGAGAGAGGGGGACUGGAGAGGGGAGGGGGCGUGGCCUGGGCUCGGGUUGGGGCUUUUCGCUGAUGCGGACGGCAGUGGGAGGAGAGACGCUGCUCUGGCGUGAGCGGAGAGGCGAUCUGGCAUAUUUUGAAAGAUGGAGGGGGAGGGCUGUUUGUGUGUGAGUGCAUGCGUGUGUGUGUGUGUGUGAAAUGAGAGAGAAGAGUACUGAGCUGGGAGAAAUCUGUCAGAUUCAAACACACUCCGCUCUGUGUGAGCACGCCUGCCUUCCUGCCUGUCUGCGUGUGUGUGUGCGUGUGUGUGUAAGCGUAAGUGUGUGAUACAAAAAAACAAGGGAUGAGAAGAGAAGAGCAGAGGAACAGCUAGAAAGAGGGAGAGGAGGACCAUAAAGUAAGGCCCAUCCCACCCCGGAAUUUCAUGGACAAAUCGACCCUGCUGAGAACCGUCUAUUGACCCUGAUGCCGACGCGCCGCUUGCAGCUGUAGAGCAAGAAGGCAAAAGAGGGAGGAAGACCGAGGGGGCCAACGGGGAAAGGUCAAAGAUUACAGGGCUGCAGCUGAAGCUGAGGUUGAGGAGCAAGGGCUUUGGGAGAGAAGGUCAAGGGUCGGCGGAUCAAAGAUGAUGACUUCACAUGGAAAGCUGAGGAGGGAGAAGGGCAGCGUGGCGGAGUACGAGUCGCAAAUGAAGGACUUGCGGGCCCAGCUGACAGACCAGAUAAAGAUUUUAGACUCCCAGGUGGAGGUGAAGCAGCAGCAGCUCUCAGAUCUGUCUGAGUUUCUCAGGCGCCGAGGCGACAUCGAGACUGAAUAUGCAAGAGCCCUCGACAAACUAACCGAGAGGUUCACUCACAAGACUAAAAAGAAGGAGCAGUGGGGUCAGUCUGUGUGUCAGGUCUGGUCCGUUCUGCUGACUCAGACCCGUCUGGAGAGCCGGGAACACGCGGCGCUGGGGGACACCUGCUUCAACACGCUCACAUUGAGCCUGACACACAGUGGCGAGGACGCACACCGCCUGCACAAAAAGAGCAAAGAGGUGGGAAUCCAGAUGCAGGACGAGCUGCUAAAGGUCACCACCGAACUGCAGACGGCUCUAAAGACGUACAACCAGUACCACACAGACUGCCUGAUAGCUGAGGGAAAACUGAAGGAAGCCGAGCGUCUGGAAGAAAGGCACACUGGGAAGUCGGCCGAGCUCGGCCCCGGCCAACUGGCAGGGCAGAGGCGGAGCUCCGUCAAGAAGAUGGAGCGGUUGAUGGAGAAGAGACAUGGAAAAAUGCAGGAGACCCAGCUGAAGUGUACAAAGGCACGGAAUGACUACCUGUUGAAUCUCGCUGCAGCUAAUGCAGCCAUGAACAAAUACUACCUGCAGGAUGUCAGCACUCUCAUUGAUUGCUGUGACCUUGGAUUCCAUCUGUCCGUGGAGAGAGUGAUGAAGUGCUACCUGGCCAGCAGGUGGCGCAUUCAGAAGACAGAGGAAACGGGGCUGAAGCAGCUGGAAACUGCUGUGACAUCCCUGGACCAGAGUGGAGACAGGGAUGCGUUGCUACAGCAACAUGAUGCCGCCUUCUGCCUUCCGUUCAGAUUCAACUAUCACCCACACGAGGGUGACCAGGUGUGCGAGGUGAGUGCGGAGAGCCAGGUGAGGUAUGAGCUCGAAACCAGAUUCCAACAGCUUCAGUCUCGACUCGCUGCCGUAACCUUGGAAACAGAGGAGAUCAGUAAAACGCUUAAAGCCACACUUGCUGCCCUGCUGGACUCCAUGUGUGACAGCGAGUGCAACCCCUCCCCCGACGUGUCCGCCAGCCUAUCACAUGAGCCGCCUACCACAGUAGUCACAACCACGGCGAAACUCUCCCUCGCCAAGCGUCGAGCCAAUCAGCAGGAGACGGAGACUUACUACUUAACAAAAGUAAAAGAAUUCCUCAACAGCAGCUCUCUGGCCUCCAAACUUCAAGCCAAACACGAUCUUCUACAAGAUGCCAUACAGAAAGCGGAAGCCGUGGACAGCGACCCCUCCAGAAUGCAAUGUACUACUCGGUCAGUCCGGGUUCGGAAGUCCAGGCCAGUUUCCCAAUUCUGCCACACACUCUUCACCACAGACAUACUCUCCUACAUAGAGAGCUCUGGGCAGCAGAUUCCUGUGGUGGUUGAGAGCUGCAUUCGUUUCAUAAACCUUCAUGGCCUCCACCAUGAAGGAAUUUUCAGAGUUCCUGGUUCCCAGAGGGAGGUGAACCUCAUCAGAGAUGCAUUUGAGAGAGGGGAGGAUCCUUUGUCAGACAGUGAGUGUGAUCUGGACUCUGUGGCCGGCGUGCUGAAGCUGUACUUCAGGGGGCUUGAGCCUCCUCUGUUCCCCUACGAAAGCUACUCUCCGCUGCUGGAAUGUGUCCAAAUCGAAGAUGAGACUGAGAAAGCUGUCCAGAUCAGAGCCAUUGUUUCUACUUUCCCACGGCCUCUCCUCAUCGUGAUGCGAUACCUUUUCGCUUUCCUCAACCACGUGUCUCAGUACAGCGACGAGAACAUGAUGCAGCCCUACAACUUGGCUGUUUGCUUCGGUCCGAGCCUGCUGAGGGGGAUGGAAUCUGACGACGCCGUUGCUAGGCAACCACAGAUCAAUGAUCUUGUUAAAACCAUGAUCCUUCAGCAUGACAGCAUCUUCCCCGGCCAAUCGGAACUGCCAGGUCCGGUCUACGAGAAGCACAUGACACUGGAGCAGGAGUACUGUGAGCCAAUCACAGAGGAGGGAGACGGAGAGACCGAGCAUCUGCCUAGUGAGGACGAGUGGGAGGCAGUAGCUUUGUUCGACUACACGGCCAGAUCUCCAGCAGAGCUUUCCUUCAAGCAGGGAGAUCCUAUUAUCCUUUACAGCAAGGCCUCGUGUGAUUGGUGGAGAGGCGAAGUUGGAGGAGUUAAGGGUCUAGUCCCACACAAGUACAUCAGCAUUCUUGAAGUGUCAGAGCGAGGGAAAAGAGAAGAAGGUAGAGUAGGCGGAGGCAGCACUGGAAAUCUAUCAGCAGAAGAUCCACAUACGGAAAACACAACAAGGAUGCGAGUAAACAGCGAUAGUGCUUCGUUGCCAGGGAGACAGAGAGGAAGUGAGGGGAGCCCAAGUCGAAAACCACAAGCUUCCCCUGCCACAAGACAACAAAUACCUGUGUCUCAGGAACGGAGACACACUUUGGACACUGUAAGGCAGCCCAGCUGCAGAAUCCCAGACAAGCCUCCAUUCGUUACAGCAGAAAGACCAACAGUUGACAAGGACAUGAUUAGCCGGCAGAUGAACUCUGUGUUUAAGGAGCUCCUGUCCCGUCAGCCUCCUGUGCAGUCGUCUCCCUUCCCUCCUUCUGUCUCCGCCACUCCUUCCUCCUCGUCUUCCUCGAUUGCUCCAGCCGCCCCCUCGGCUAAGAAAGUAUUUGGCCUGAGAAGGGCAGGCCCUUUUCAGUCCGGACUGAGAUGAAAGCAUGAAGAGCUGUGGAGUUAUAGGUUCAUUGUUUGAAAGUGAAGAUCUUGAGUUUUUUUCCCCUUUUUUCUGUUUUAUGGACAACAAUAAUUGCGUGUGCCAUCUCAUAGUGCCACUAGUCUUGGUGCCGUGUAGGUGUAUGUCCAGUGCGUCUGUUUUUUCAACUGGUUUUUGUUUAGCUUUGUUUUGCUCUCCUGACUUUUGCACUUUUUUUAUUUAUUUUUUUUUUUUUUGAGAAUCAGGGAUGUGGAUUCACCAGAGAUAUCACCAGAAAAACUGCUUGGUACGGUACUGAGUGUACAUAAACAACAAGAAAAUACUUAAGCUGCCCCCUAGUGGCAGGUCUGAGAUCAGCACCCCCUAAUCAUUUGCUCUUGAAAACUGAUCUGGGGCCUGUGCCUAGGAGUGCCUUUGCGUCUUUUUUGACGUUUUUCACUUGAAAACACCAGAUAAGACUUUGUUUAUGAAAUUAAAAUGUGUACCGGUAUGAUGUCAGCCCAAAAGUGUUCCGAAUGAUUUUAAAAAAAAACUAAACUAAAAAACAGAAGUCAUUUGAACCUUUGCCACCAACUUCAUCACUUUUUCAUAGUACAUCAGUGAUUACCUUUUAAAAUCAAUUGAAAACUAUCUUUAGUUUAGUAGUUGGGCUCAUGCUACUUUUGCGUAACUUCGGUUUUAAAUGGUGCCUUCAAAUGGAGCCAUGCCUGUGGUAUUCUCAAGUUAUUUUAUUUCUACGCAUUAUUUUUCUAAAAUAUGUUAAGGAACGAAGUCAUGCAGAAUUUAGUGAAACUGUUUCAAGAAAAAAGUAAAGUUUUGCUUCAAGAAAUAGAACACAUCGAAGUGUGGACAGACAUAAACGUCAACCAGACCUGAGCAGUUCUUCCAUUGAGAAAAAGGUAUUCCUAUAAACCUUUUUUUUCUGAAAUGUUGGGUUUAUACUUUUAAUCAUUUUGUUGCUAGACAAGAGAACGGGUUGAAGCAUGUACUAGCUAAUAAGGGUGUGAUAUUAAAAAUUAGAAUUGUUCUUGUUGCUACUGAAAAAACCUACAAAAUAAAUUUAAUGUAAGGAAAUUUUUCACCUGAACACCUUUUGCCAAGUUUAUGUGAUUUUCUGCUCCUUGUAUAGUAAAAUGUUAGGCAGCUCAAUUUCUGGAGUCAAAUUUGCAUGCUUUAAUUGUGAACUCACUAGAUGCAUAUUAAGGCAAGUUAAGAUGGUUUCCCACUUUGCCUAACUCAAUCAGUUAGCUCCAGUACAUGAUGCUAAAAAAACAAAACAUCAAAUAAACCCAAUGGAUUUGCCAUUAAAUACAGGACACAUUAUUCUUUCAAUCUCUUAACAAGCAGCUACUGUUGAACAAGCUAGGCUAGUAUAGUUAAUGGUAAAACAAGUGUAGAAUCAACAAAAUAACUAGCAUAUUUGGCUUUAGAAUCAUAAACAUUAUUGUAUUCUUUAGAGCAAUUUUAUCAUCAGCCAAUGAAAAAGCAGCUAGCUGGAAACAGUUACCUUUUUGUUAGCAUAGCAUCUUUACAUUUUUGCUGUGCAGUUCCCUUGCAUCACAUUCAAAUCAUUUUUAGAAUCUGAACUGUUUUUUGGAUUUUUUUGCAACAUUACUCAAUGGUGUAUGCAAAUAAAAGGGUAUUAUUUUAUUCCCGUUGCUAAUAGCAAAAACAUUAUUUUAUUUUUUUUUGGCUAUUGGGUUUGCUAAAUUAGGAAGCUAAUGCUGGGGGCUGACCACACCACUGUCACACACAUCAGCUACAUAGUGCAUCACAAAUUAUUUUAGGUAUUUUAUUCAAAUGAAUGCUGAUAGCGUUGUUCUUUAAGGUUCCAUUUUACAACGAGAAAAACAGUAUCAUUUUUACAUACGGUGGAACAUACAGACUGAAAACACAUUCCCCUCUAUAUGUGAUGAAAGGCAUAAAUAUGAGGCCAAAACUCAGGGCUUUUGCAAGAUGAGCUAACUCAGGUUUAGCUUUGAUAGAAUAAGUAUGAGUUUCUCUCUCAGGUCUUUGGUUGACUUAUGGUGACUUCCAUUUGAACUUCAAAAGUCGGAUUUACUCCGUUACCGAAAUUUUACCUGGAACGCCCUCUGUUUUGGUUGGGAUUCUGAUGGGAAUUUAUUGAAAUCUAACAGCUCUCAAAUACAAUGUCCGGGAAGGGAGCUCUGUGCAUGAAAAUGAGGGAACACUGACUUAUUUACUAGGGUCAUCUAUGUUCAUAAACAACUUUGACCAUUGACUAGUUUUUCCUUGCAGUCCUUGCAUUUCCUGAAAUGUUUACUUUACAUGGCUUGCAAACGCCAUUGAUUUUUCAGGCUUGUUUGGCUUACAGUGGAGUCAAGUCAGAUGUUUUGCCUUUAUCUGCCAUCUCUUCCACCCUUCAAGUCAAAUGGAAUGCACUGUUACCCUUCAACUUGAAACUGUGCCCCUUGCCUGAAGAGCCAAAAUGGUCCCUUUAUCAGAGGAGUCAGUGACUUGCUCUGGUUUAAACUGUGAAACCAAUAUUGGCUUCUUGGAGCCAUAAUAGAAACUUGUUUUUUUCUUUUAUCUGCCACUCGUUUCUGCCCUGUUGGCAUUUAAAACAGUCUAAUGCACUGGUCCAAUUCUAACGAACUUCUGAAUUUGAUUUUAAAAAUAUAUAUAAUUGAAUCAUUUUUACAUGUGUAAUUUCUUCACUGUCCUUUUACACUCAUGUAAAAAUAGAAGUAGAGUCUUUGUUUUGAAAUGAUUCUUCUUCUGUGGUUGAAACAUCUUGAUAUUUUGGAUCACUGUUUGAUGAUGUUAUUAAGUUUAGUGUGUUCAACUGUAUAUGUGGGUAAGAAUUAUGAAUACAAUAAAGACGACAAAGAAAUUGA